CGCACAGCGAGAAGUUCCGGCCUAGUCAGUGUUUGCUUAGUCAAGAGACUUAUUUGAGUCUAUGCGCAGGAGGAAAAAGAAAGACCACGACGCGUGCGUUUCCAUAUCAUCUUUCAUGCCCUCUCUCUAAAGGCGAAUAGAUGAGAACAAGCCAAGUAGAGUCACUAACGGGUCCUCAAAAUCCAUGCUGGGCCACGUCCGUGGGUGGGAUUGGCGCGGGCGGUUCUUCUUCGUGCGCAAGCCGUCGGGGUUUGCGCUGCGGUGCUCACCGCUGCAUCCCAGCGUGGAGCGCAACCUGCAAUCGCGAACGAAAAAGGCGAUCGAGUAUUUUUUUCCCUACUCGCUGGACCUGGACACAGAGGGUCUACAACUGGUUACCAAAGACGAGUAUUUGGCGCGGCAAAUCGAGAAGCACGCCUCCGGCAUCGUUCACUGCUACCGCUUGUGGGCGGACAUCUCGAUGCCGCGCAGAGGAUCGUCGUCUGAGGCUAUGGCGUCUCGGAGCUACUUCGAUGUUUUGCCUUCCUUGACUGGGAGCUUGUUGCAGGAGUGUGGACGAGCAGGUGACGUGGCAAGCGGCCUUGGAAAUAGUACUCUUCACGGACUGGAUCGUGAUGUGACGUCCAUUUCUACUUCGCCGUCGGAACUACUUUUCACAGAUGAGGAAUUGCGAAUGCGAAGCGGAAAUGAUUUGCUCGCCACGCACGGAACCCUUGCAAGCACGAUCCGCAGUCGCGGACUGAAAUUGCGGAGCUAUUUUCCAGAACUGGCUCGGGAUACAGAUUUUCACGCAGCAAGAAGUGCGCUUUCAGGAGUCUGCUCGGAAAGGUCAACGACAGCAUCUUCUUGGGCCCUGCCCUUAGGAAGCGCAACAAGCAACGCCGCACAUCGCACCGCGCCAGCUGCGCAAAAGACUCCAAAUGUAAAGAUGUCCGACAACAACCCCGGCGCGUUUGGAAAUGUGUUGUCAAAGUCGAUGCUUUUCGAGUCAAAGCCCGGGGCGGCACAUCAGUUACAGUUUCAGUUGCUGAGGAGCGUGGGUAACUUUGGGCUUUAUGACGUGCAGGUCAGGAGCCCCGCGUGCCACCAGGUGCGGGUCCAGUUUGCGGAUGCGGGAUGUCCGGUGGAGUUAUACUCGAAUGAAAAAUCCCCCCUCCCCAGAUCGAAACACAGUUUCUCAUGCUGGAUUUGCGUACACAAAUCAGAUUUGUCUUGCUGGCGAGGACUGCAGGCCCAUAUCAAGCCUGAGAAGACAGGUCUUGGCCUAGGCGCUUAGCAUGACAGACUGCUACGCUGUAGGAACAUAAGCAUGACAAACCGCCUGUAGAAUGCGGCGGAGUCUGUGGAGUUGCCUUCAUUCAACACAGAGACGAUUUGUGGCCACAAAUCAGCAACACAAAUUCUCGAAAACGCACCUUGUCAAUAUGGGGAGGGGGGAUUUUUCCUUUUGAUAAGUUCGAUCGGUACUACCACUGGAAAUACAACGAAGACGUGCGGCGCAACGCGUUUGACCCCCAAGCGGCUGGUGGUGUUCCGGGUCGGGAGGAUGGUGCUUUUUCGGAUAAUUCUUCUUCUUGUUCAGGUGCGAGUUCAUCUCGGAACACCUGGGAAGAGGAGGAAGAGAUGGCGCUUUGCUCUUUCCCCAACGACGAGUCAUCUUGCGCUGAAGAAAAGCGUCUUGCGUUGAAGCACUAUGCAGUGAAGCUGGAGGAUCCGUUGCGGCCGGGGAAAAUGCUUGAGGUUUCCCUCCCAGAAGAGGAUAGGGACCCAGCCUGGAGGCCAGGGACUUGUGGAGAGCGACGAGUUGAAAGUGCCUAUGGCGACAAGGGCGAGUUUAUUACAUUACAAGAAGCAAGCGCAAAUGUUGGUUUCGUGCGUGCAUGAAAAAAACCGCAUGCACUGAGCAGAAAAACGCAUAAUUUCGGUUUUAUUUUCAGCAAAGAACAUAGAAUGUAAGAAAAUGUACAGUGGCCAGUACCGAGGCACUCAAGAAAUGAAUCCAUUGCAGUACUCCGCUGAGUAAAGUUUUCUUGUUGACCCAAUGAAUUGAAAUUAUCCGC